CACAAACAUCUUCGAACCACUGGAGUGCGAAGUCACAGGUGUUUAGGCCAAGUUAGGGAAACAAUUUUCUCACAAUCUGACAAGCUCUUUGAACGCAAUUCUUUUAAUAUUCAUUCCAGCGCAUCGUCUGCGCUGCGUUGUUAAAAAUUGUGCGAACCGCCUUUUUUUCUCAACGUGUGUACACCAGCGCUGGGCUGAAAUCAUCUCAUCAAAUCAAUGAAUAAAACUGUAAAUGCAGUUUAUCGCUGGAACCGUCCAAAAAGCUGAAGAAAUUUGAUAUCAUCAUGUCCAGAUUGGGCCAGAUAUCAAGGAUUCUUCUCCGCAAGAAGCAAAUCAAUAUGGAUCCGAAAUCAGCGGCGGCUUCAAGGCUUAGGAGAUGCCUUUCCGUAUGGGAUUUGAUCCUUCUUGGUAUUGGUAAUACGUUGGGCGCCGGUAUCUAUGUCAUCACGGGUGAGGUGUCGAAAUGGGUCGCUGGGCCAGCCCUCAUACUCUCCUUCAUGAUUGCUGCUGUUGCCGCCAUUCUAGCAGGAAUGUGUUUUGCUGAGCUCGGGGCCCGCGUUCCAAAGGCGGGUUCUGCUUAUGUCUACACCUACGUCACGAUGGGCGAAUUCAUUGGAUUCUUCGUCGGUUGGAACGUCCUCAUUGAAAAUAUUCUAGGAGCAGCAUCGGUUGCCAGGGCAACCUCAGCCUACAUCGACGCCAUGAUAGGAAACAAGAUGGAUGCCUUCCUAUCCGCCAAUUUUGCCAUGCACACGUCAUGGUUAGCCGAAUAUCCGGACUUUCUUGGGACCGGGUUCUGCAUUAUUUCAUCAGUAUUAAUGGGCAUCGGUGUGAAGACGUCCUCUGUAUUCAACAACGUGUUCACCGGUCUCAACCUGAUAGUCAUCGUCUAUAUCAUCAUCUGUGGUUUCUUCAAGAUCGUCCCUUCAAACUGGACCAUACCCAUGGAUCAACUUCCAAAGGUGCCUUGCGACAGCCAACCAAGUUCGUCAUGGAUAAAUAGCUCCUCAUCAUCAUCGUCAUCAGUUGUAACAGAUGGCCCAGAGAUGUGCUCCGAGUUCGGCACUGGGGGGUUCUUCCCCUAUGGACCCGGAGGGGUGUUUGCUGGUGCAGCUGUCUGCUUCUAUGCGUUUAUUGGGUUUGAGGUUGUAGCUUCUGCAGGUGAAGAGGUACGCAAUCCGCAGAAGACCCUUCCAAUCGGCAUCAUGGUUUCUUUGCUCCUCACCUUCUUCGCAUAUUUGGGCGUGUCCUCGGUUAUGACGCUCAUGUGUCCGUAUUUCCUAUUGGACGAAGAGGCUCCGCUGCCCGUCGCGUUCGACAAAGUGGGUUGGACCGUAGCUCGCUACGUCAUUGGAAUGGGCGGGAUCUGUGGGCUCAUAACAAGCUUGUAUGGUUGCAUGUUUGCAUUGCCACGUUUUCUCUACUCUAUGGCCGAGGAUGGAAUGAUUUUCAAGUUUCUUGGUGAAGUUCAUUCUCGUUUCCAAACGCCUCUCUAUGCCUGCCUUACAUCUGGAAUAAUUGCAGGUAUCAUCACGCUGGUCAUCGACCUCCAAUCCCUAGUUAACGUCGUGGUCAUGGGCGCAUUGGUACCUUUCCUCACCGUGGCGGCAUGCGUCAUCAUACUCAGGUACGAGCCUGACAUGUCAGCCCCGGCCUCCUCACACACCUUUCUCUUCCCGCAGAUCGACGGGUACACCACGGGAUAUGCCGAUGCCAAACGAUCCAGCGUAUCUAAGUUCCUGAGCCAAGCGUUCAGGCCAGUUUAUGACGAACCGACGCCCCUGUCAUUCAAAGUCGUCAUAUUCUGUGUGGUUUUAUUCAUUUGUACGUGUUUCGGAAUGGAAUCCAUGAUCAUAUUUGCUGAGGAAGAUCUCGCGAAUCGCGAGAUUUGGGCAAUUACUACGGCGUCUGCAAUCGGAGCAUUAAUGCUCAUUCUUUUGAUUGUCAUUUGGAGACAGCCGGAAAGCAGAGUCUCAAUAGCUUUUAAGGUACCCAUGGUACCGCUACUGCCUGCUCUUAGUAUAUUCAUCGAUUCUUAUCUCCUCAUGAAGAUGGACGCCAUGACAUGGGUUAGAUACGUCGUCUUAAUUCUUGUAGGUUUAGUCAUCUAUGUGUGCUACAGUGUUUGGAAUAGCAACGAGCGUUACGUGAAACCGAAGCGAUUCCGCUACCCAAGCACCCCGGCCGAGGCCCAGCAAGGCGGACGAUGUCGGCGUACUAGCAGCAUCAUGCUUUGUAGCGAAUCCGGCUGCACCCACGAUCUUCCGCAUAACCUGCUUGACAUCGGAAAGAAAAAUAGUGUCCAGAAUACAGAACCGACUGAGAUUACUAAACUUAUCAGCGAAGCUUCAACUUGAUCGCUUUUCUCGAUUCGAUCUCCUUGUCGCAGUCCGCUGUCGACACUGAUUGCUGGUGGGACCGUAUCCGCCGCUACACCAGACGUGCGUCAUUUUAAUAAGGAAACGUCUAAAUUCAAUCGAUUAAUAUAUACCUCCAUUCUCAUCUAUACUUUAACAGAAUUUCGCAAAUAUGCUGGAAAUGCAAGACGCCUUGGCACUUUUUAAGUGCUAGUUGUGUGUGACCUUGUUUUCAGAAUUCGCAUUGAAGAAAGCAAUAGUACUUUGGCGAUGUCCUAUUCACAGAUAUCCAGCAAUAUAUAACUCAUAAAGUGCAAUUGAAUAAAUUUGUGCUAUUAUUAUAUCAUGAUAUUGUAAUAUCAUAAUUAAUAGGUCUAGCAUGUAAGAGCAAAUUCCAGCCGAUGUAAAUAUGGGUCGUUUCCAAUAUAUGUUCUUAAAUCAGUAAUAACCUCGUAUUAUUGGACACUUUUAAAGACUAUCAACAAUACUGCUCCCGUCAUGUGGAUGAAGACAAAUAUUUUAAAUGCCUUUAACAUCAUUUACGAGAUUUAUUGAACUAGAUAAUAGAGGGAUCCUUUUCUAUAGGCUUCAUGUUUGAAUUGUCGGGGCUUUUGUUAUCACUCUCAUAUGUAUUGAUCAUAUGCUGAUGCUAAGUUCUCUUAAAACAUGCAGGCUUUUUAAUUGAGUGCUAAGUGGCCAGCGUAAGCUAUCAAUAUAUUAUGGGCAUUCCCAAAAUGAUUAUCACACAAUUGCUACAUGCGAUGUCAUUCCAAACUUCCAAAAGGAUUGGUCAAAAUGACCAUUCUCUUGGUUGAUAUGUGUCUGACCAUUAAAAAUUGUCUAUCAACCAAAUUCCUGGUAAAUUUUAACCCAUAAUUUGGUUAAUUUUGACAAUUUUUUCUUGGUCGGACACUAUGAACCAAGAUAAUCUGUUUUUUAGAGUAUUGUUUGAACGCUGUUUGUCAUACAUAAGAAUGAAAAUGGUGAAUAUAAAUCAUUUUAAAUGACUUGCCUCUUCAAUUAUCUUCCCAGCAAUUAAAAAAUAAAAGUAAAUGGAGAUAAUGUGCAAUAAAGGACAGGCAAAAGGGAACUUGAUCUAAUUUUUGUUGAAUGGUGCACCGGCACUUCGGAAAAACACCCUUAAUGAAUGAAAUUCGAGUAAAGAUGAUCAAAAUACCAGAAAAUGAGACAUGCGCCCAUUUUUGUACAUUUAGGAAUUAAAAGAUCAUGAAUAAAGAACUUUGCACUUUUAGUAUGAAGUUAAUGAAUAAAGUGUUAAUUAAAACAGGAUAAAUUUCAGAAAAUAAAGUAUUUGAUAUUCGCCGUUGUCUCCGAGCGAGCAGUUAGGUAUAUACGACAAUGGAAAAGGCCCGGAAUAAAGAUGUAAUAAAAAAAAGGUUAAGAAGAACAAGAAAAAGAGUUUGAUUAACUUAUCAGAUAUGUAAAGCUUAAGAUGAUUAAAUAAGAGUUCGAAGUAUCUCUCAGAAAAAGGUGUAAAUAAUUUAGAAUUUAAACCGAAUCCUUUAGAUAGAAGAUAUUACGUCAAUCCACAAGCACUCAUUGCAUGUGGAAAAAUGUAAUAUUUGCAUCUCAAAUGGGAAAAUGACAAUGAAAAGGGUCACCCUUUGCAAGAGAAUAUUUUGAUUGAUUGGUGCCAAUUAUUAGUAUAUCUGCUGAAAAUGAGAAUUAUUGAAAGAUCUUAAUAAGCAAUAAUCAUAAGGCCGAGGGAGAGAACGCCUGAAGUUCUGAAAUACUGGAUAUACUCUCACACCCCCACUUCCUCUCAUCACAUGGUUGCAAAUGUAUUAUUUCAAUGAAUCUCAUUAAUUUACUGACACUUUAAUAUUUAUGUAUUUGGGAAAUGGGAAUGUCGUAUAUCAGAGAGAAAGCGCGACAGAACGGUUACGAAACGGCCGAGGACUUAGAGAACAAUGUGAAUACGUGCGAAUAAUCCCUGUGCACAUGGAGUAACUUUUAUAGCCCAUUUCAUCUUCAGGUUUUUCAAGACAUUAUUUAGACAAUAUAGCUCCUUUUGCUCGAACAAGUCAGAACGGUGCUCUUUUCUUGAGCAAUGCACUGUGUGACCAUGGGUUGUCCAUAUAGUUUUGGCUAGUACAGGGACAUUGAAGUGUGCUCGCAUUGAUUUAAGCGUUAGGUCACUUCCACGAAUGCACUGAAUACUUUGGAAAUACCAUGUUCAACUUUUCGAUGAGAAAUUUCUAUUUGUGAAACAAGGGUUAAUUAAGUAGAUUGUUGAACCUGUUGUCUAUGACUUUUGACUUUUUUCCAAAAAUAUAAAUCGUUUAGCAUGACAUUACAGGUUUACUGUUAUAGUAUAGCAUUCACUUUUGAGCUCUCAUUCUAUCCAGGCUUAAUAAGGAAAACACUUAUAAGAAGUCGAGUUCGCGCUCCUCGUUGACCGACAUCUGAGUGCCUGAUUUUAACCCGGGAUUGUUAACCGAUUUUCUACCUUUUAAUUUGGUGGAUCAGUUUUGAAUAUUUUCAUAAUUUAAUGAGCGAUUUCAAAUGAUAAAAAUAAUCUCACUAAAUUUCUAUUCAUCCUGUUAAUGAAGCAUGAUUAUUCCUGUGAACACAUAUGUAUAAGUUCAAGAAACGAAGAAUAUUUGUGUCGAUAAUGCCACGGAAAUUCUACUUUUUUAUUAACGUAGACUUUGAAGGAGAAUGUUCGAUAAUCUUCCAUUAUUUAAAUUGUAUGGCGUUCCAACGUCUAGCUUUUAGAAAUACCGGUAUUAACUUAGUUUGAAUACUACUGUUUUGAUGUAGCAAUAAAGCAUAUCGCUUCAUGUGACAAAUGAAUUCAAUUGACAUUUAUCCCAGCCUGUCUCAUUUUCACCUUUCCAAAUUAUUGUAAGACCAAUGACUGCAAAAGAUAACUUUAGAAUACGCUAUUUUUAUAUAUAUAUCAUUCGAUUUUCAUAAACAACAGAUUUACCUUGAAAAUUA